AGAUGGAACCAAGCAGACAAACAGGAUCAUUCCUACAGAGAUGAACUCCUUGAGAUUGUUUUAAAUGACUACAGGUCUGGAAGGAUUCACAUUGCCACACUGUUUCUAGGCAAGAAAGAACUGCAAGUUUCAACUUUGUUUUUGGUGCAACUUUGAUUCUUCAAGAUGCUGCUUCUCUUCAGAGCCAUUCCAAUGCUGCUGUUGGGACUGAUGGUUUUACAAACAGACUGUGAAAUUGCCCAGUACUACAUAGAUGAAGAAGAACCCCCUGGCACUGUAAUUGCAGUGUUGUCGCAACACUCCAUAUUUAACACUACAGAUAUACCUGCAACCAAUUUCCGUCUAAUGAAGCAAUUUAAUAAUUCCCUUAUCGGAGUCCGUGAGAGUGAUGGGCAGCUGAGCAUCAUGGAGAGGAUUGACCGGGAGCAUAUCUGCAGGCAGUCCCUUCACUGCAACCUGGCUUUGGAUGUGGUCAGCUUUUCCAAAGGACACUUCAAGCUUCUGAAUGUGAAAGUGGAGGUGAGAGACAUUAAUGACCAUAGCCCUCACUUUCCCAGUGAAAUAAUGCACGUGGAGGUGUCUGAAAGUGCCUCUGUGGGCACCAGGAUUCCUUUAGAAAUUGCAAUAGAUGAAGAUGUUGGGUCCAACUCCAUCCAGAACUUUCAGAUCUCAAAUAAUAGCCACUUCAGCAUUGAUGUGCUAACCAGAGCAGAUGGGGUGAAAUAUGCAGAUUUAGUCUUAAUGAGAGAACUGGACAGGGAAAUCCAGCCAACGUACAUAAUGGAGCUACUAGCAAUGGAUGGGGGUGUACCAUCACUAUCUGGUACUGCAGUGGUUAACAUCCGAGUCCUGGACUUUAAUGAUAACAGCCCAGUGUUUGAGAGAAGCACCAUUGCUGUGGACCUAGUAGAGGAUGCUCCUCUGGGAUACCUUUUGUUGGAGUUACAUGCUACUGACGAUGAUGAAGGAGUGAAUGGAGAAAUUGUCUAUGGAUUCAGCACUUUGGCAUCUCAAGAGGUACGUCAGCUAUUUAAAAUUAACUCCAGAACUGGCAGUGUUACUCUUGAAGGCCAAGUUGAUUUUGAGACCAAGCAGACUUACGAAUUUGAGGUACAAGCCCAAGAUUUGGGCCCCAACCCACUGACUGCUACUUGUAAAGUAACUGUUCAUAUACUUGAUGUAAAUGAUAAUACCCCAGCCAUCACUAUUACCCCUCUGACUACUGUAAGUGCAGGAGUUGCCUAUAUUCCAGAAACAGCCACAAAGGAGAACUUUAUAGCUCUGAUCAGCACUACUGACAGAGACUCUGGAUCUAAUGGACAAGUUCGCUGUACUCUUUAUGGACAUGAGCACUUUAAACUACAGCAAGCUUAUGAGGACAGUUACAUGAUAGUUACCACCUCUGCUUUAGACAGGGAAAACAUAGCAGAGUACACUUUGACAGUAGUUGCAGAAGACCUUGGCUUCCCCUCAUUGAAGACCAAAAAGUACUACACAGUCAAGGUUAGUGAUGAGAAUGACAAUGCACCUGUAUUUUCUAAACCCCAGUAUGAAGCUUCUAUUCUGGAAAAUAAUGCUCCAGGCUCUUAUAUAACUACAGUGAUAGCCAGAGACUCUGAUAGUGAUCAAAAUGGCAAAGUAAAUUACAGACUUGUGGAUGCAAAAGUGAUGGGCCAGUCACUAACAACAUUUGUUUCCCUUGAUGUGGACUCUGGAGUAUUGAGAGCUGUUAGGUCUUUAGACUAUGAAAAACUUAAACAACUGGAUUUUGAAAUUGAAGCUGCAGACAAUGGGAUCCCUAAACUCUCCACUCGUGUUCAAGUGAAUCUCAGAAUAGUUGAUCAAAAUGAUAAUUGCCCUGUGAUAACUAAUCCUCUUCUUAAUAAUGGCUCGGGUGAAGUUCUGCUUCCCAUCAGCGCUCCUCAAAACUAUUUAGUUUUCCAGCUCAAAGCCGAGGAUUCAGAUGAAGGGCAAAACUCCCAGCUGUUCUAUACCAUACUCAGAGAUCCAAGCAGAUUGUUUGCCAUUAACAAAGAAAGUGGUGAAGUGUUCCUGAAAAAACAAUUAAACUCUGACCAUUCAGAGGACUUGAGCAUAGUAGUUGCAGUGUAUGACUUGGGAAGACCUUCACUAUCCACCAAUGCUACAGUUAAAUUCAUCCUCACCGACUCUUUUCCUUCUAACGUUGAAGUCGUUAUUUUGCAACCAUCUGCAGAAGAGCAGCACCAGAUCGAUAUGUCCAUUAUAUUCAUUGCAGUGCUGGCUGGUGGUUGUGCUUUGCUACUUUUGGCCAUCUUUUUUGUGGCCUGUACUUGUAAAAAGAAAGCUGGUGAAUUUAAGCAGGUACCUGAACAACAUGGAACAUGCAAUGAAGAACGCCUGUUAAGCACCCCAUCUCCCCAGUCGGUCUCGUCUUCUUUGUCUCAGUCUGAGUCAUGCCAACUCUCCAUCAAUACUGAAUCUGAGAAUUGCAGCGUGUCCUCUAACAAAGAGCAGCAUCAGCAAACAGGCAUAAAGCACUCCAUCUCUGUACCAUCUUAUCACACAUCUGGUUGGCACCUGGACAAUUGUGCAAUGAGCAUAAGUGGACAUUCUCACAUGGGGCACAUUAGUACAAAGGACAGUGGCAAAGGAGAUAGUGACUUCAAUGACAGUGACUCUGAUACUAGUGGAGAAUCACAAAAGAAGAGCUGUGAGCAGCCAAUGCAGGCACAAGCCAGUGCUCAAUACACAGAUGAAUCAGCAGGGUUCCGACAUGCCGAUAAAUAUUUCAGCCACCGAAUCAACAAGGGUCCAGAAAAUGGGAACUGCACAUUGCAAUAUGAAAAGGGCUAUAGACUGUCUUACUCUGUAGCUCCUGCUCAUUACAAUACCUACCAUGCAAGAAUGCCUAACCUGCACAUACCGAACCAUACCCUUAGAGACCCUUAUUACCAUAUCAAUAAUCCUGUUGCUAAUCGGAUGCAGGCGGAAUAUGAAAGAGAUUUAGUCAACAGAAGUGCAACGUUAUCUCCGCAGAGAUCGUCUAGCAGAUACCAAGAAUUCAAUUACAGUCCGCAGAUAUCAAGACAGCUUCAUCCUUCAGAAAUUGCUACAACCUUUUAAUCAUUAGGCAUGCAAGUGAGAAUGCACAAAGGCAAGUGCUUUAGCAUGAAAGCUAAAUAUAUGGAGUCUCCCUUUCCCUCUGAUGGAUGGGGGGGAGACACAGGACAGUCAUAAAUAUACAGCUGCUUUCUAUUUGCAUUUCACUUGGGAAUUUUUUGUUUUUUUUACAUAUUUAUUUUUCCUGAAUUGAAUGUGACAUUGUCCUGUCACCUAACUAGCAAUUAAAUCCACAGACCUACAGUCAAAUAUUUGAGGGCCCCUGAAACAGCACAUCAGUCAGGACCUAAAGUGGCCUUUUUACUUUUAGCAGCUCCUGGGUCUGCCCUCUGUGUUAAUCAGCCCCUGGUCAAUCCUGAGUAGGAUCAUGGCGUUUUUAUAUGCAUCUCACCUACUUUGGACGUGAUUUACACAUAAUAGGAAACGCUUGGUUUCAGUGAAGUCUGUGUUGUAUAUAUUCUGUAUAUAUCACGCAUUUUGUGUUUGUGUAUAUAUUUCAAGUCCAUUCAGAUAUGUGUAUAUAGUGCAGACCUUGUAAAUUAAAUAUUCUGAUACUUUUUCCUCAAUAAAUAUUUAAAUAAAAACAGCAAA